AUCAAAUCAGCUGUGUAUCACACACUGGGAACAUGUAACAUAACAAAUGUGCGUAUUUAAAAUUUCGAUGUGAAAAUGUCCACUGAGACAAUUUUUAAAAAAACAACUCAAUGUUUAUGAUAACUUCGUUGUGGAAGAAACAUGGCGCGCCGGAGGAGCAGCGGUAUCACGAGCCUGGGAUUUAACCAGGAUCAAGGCUGCUUCACAUGCUGCCUAACAUCUGGUCUGCGGGUCUAUAAUGUGGAUCCUCUUGUGGAGAAGGCGCAUUACAGCAAAGAAGAGCUUGGUGAAGUGUCACUGUGUGAAAUGGUGUUCCGGACCAACUGGCUUCUUGUUGUGAGAGCGCGCCGGCCCUGUAGUCUCAUGCUGUUGGAUGAUCAGCAACGCGCGUACAAAGCUGAAGUGCUGUUCAAAUCACCCAUAAGAGCUCUGCGGGCUAGGAAGGACAAGGUGGCUGUAGUACUCCCCUCCUCUAUACAAGUCUUAUCACUGCCGUCGUUAGCGCGAGUCGCAUUGCUGAGGACGCCGGCCACUGCGCGACCAUUGUGUGCGAUCGCAACGGAUCCGAACGCACUUCAAUUGCUUGCUGCGCCCGCGCAUCGGAAAGGCUCACUGCAGCUAUUGGACGUAUCCCGAGCAGUUAAAGGUGCAGCUUCAAGUUCCCCCGCCGUUGUUGGUUGUCAUCAAACAGAUUUAGUGUGUAUUAGUCUAUCAGCUAACGGGGCGAAGCUCGCGACGGCCUCGGAGAGGGGAACCAUCAUACGCUUAUGGGAUACCACGACAAAGCAUAUGCUCCACGAGUUGAGGCGAGGCUCCGAUUACGCUGACGUGUAUUGUAUAAACUUCAACUGGUCGGGCUCGCUGGUGUGCUGCGUGUCGGACAAGGGCACGCUGCACGUGUGGCUCGCGCGCGGCUCGUACGCGCACGUGUGCGCCGCGCCCGCCGCGCCGCCGCUGCGCGCGCUCUGCGCCUUCAGCGACGACGCCAGCGCGGUCGUCGUUAGUGAAGACGGAACAUUUCACAAGUUCACAUUUUCUGCCGAAGGUAACUGCCAUCGAAGCGAUUUUGAAUAUUUCUUACAGGUAGGCGAUGAUGACGAAUUUUUGCAUUAAUUAUGUUAUCGCUAGAUCAGACCAACAGACAAUAAAUCAUAUGAAAGUGAUUAAAAGUGAAUUACAAGUGAUAAAACACAGUUAUUUAAUUUAUAGGCCACUUCGGAUCUACAUAAUUGUGUAUUUUUUGGUACAUUAUAAUUGGCUAAUUAUUUUAAGGUUAAUAUAAGUAUUCAGCGCAAAUGUGAUAUUGUUAAUUUUGAAAAAUUGCAUACUAAGUAAAAAAAAAAAAAACAAUUUAAUAU